UUAUACAAUUUGGAAUGAAUGAUUUACUUACAGUUCUUAUGUAAUGGACUAACCAUGUAAAGAAAUAAGUCUGAAGUCUACAUGUUGCAGGUUUUUUCCCCAACUGCUGAGAUUGUCUACUUGCUGAGGAAGAAAAAUCAGAGCCCAACGGAUAGAUUCUGCCAUGGCCAAGUUUGUUCCCAAGUUUUGGAAACCUGGUACAGAAGCCCCAGGUGUUCAUGAGGAGAGGGACCAGGUGAGUGAGGGGAGUGGUGAGGCUGUUGUCUACAACCCUAACGCUUCACUGUCCAUCCAGCAGCAGAGACAGAGGCUACCUGUCUUUGGGUAUCGUAACCAGAUCCUGUACCUGGUGGAGAGGUACCAGACUGUGGUGAUUGUAGGAGAGACAGGCUGUGGCAAGAGCACACAGAUCCCACAGUACUUACUGGAGGCUGGCUGGGGAGCAGAGGGUCAUGUGAUUGGAGUGACCCAGCCCAGGAGGGUAGCCUGUACUACAGUGGCCAAUCGAGUGGCAGAAGAGAGGGGUGCAGUCCUGGGCCAUGAGGUCGGCUAUUCCAUCCGGUUUGACAACCGCAUUGAUCCAGAAACUACCAAAAUCAAGUUCCUGACCGACGGCAUGUUGGUACGGGAGAUGAUGGCUGAUCCACUCCUCAGGAAGUACAGUAUUUUGAUGUUGGAUGAGGCUCAUGAGAGAACCCUACACACUGACAUCAUCAUUGGUCUGCUGAAGAAGAUUCAGAAGAAGAGAGAAGACCUACGGAUCAUUGUCUCAUCAGCCACACUGGACGCAGAAGCCUUCAGGGAUUUCUUCAACAAGAAUGUUUCUGAUCUGGAAAGUUUCGACACAGCUCGAAUAUUGUCCAUAGAAGGUAGAGCCUUCCCAGUCAGUAUCUACUACAGAGAAAGUCCAGUUCCAGAUUACGCCAAGGCCACAGUAGAAACCAUAGUGAAGAUCCAUGAGGGAGAGAGACCAGGAGACAUUCUGGCUUUUCUUACAGGACAAGAAGAGGUGGAUUCUGUGGUGUCAGACCUCAUUGAGUACAACCGCUCCAGCAGGAGACAGGGUGAGAGGAGAAUGAAGAUGAGAGUUCUCCCCAUGUACGCAGCCCUUCCCCCUGGAGAACAGCUGAAAGUCUUUGAAAGAGUGUCGCAAUCUACCAGGAAGGUUGUUGUUGCCACAAACAUUGCUGAAGCCUCCAUCACUAUCAAUGGCAUUGUGUAUGUUGUUGACUGUGGCUUUGUGAAGUUGAGGGCCUACAACCCCCAGUCUGGAGUAGAAUCCCUUGUGAUCACGCCGGUCUCCCAGGCGUCAGCUGGCCAGCGGGCGGGGCGGGCUGGAAGGGUGCGCUCAGGCAAGGUCUUCAGACUCUACACAGAGGAAGAUUUCCACAAACUGAAGACCAACACAGUCCCAGAAAUGCAAAGGAGCAACUUUGCCUUUGUGAUCCUGCAGCUGAAGGCUCUGGGCAUUGAUAACAUCCUCAGAUUCAACUUUCUCUCUUCUCCGCCAGCUCAGAUUGUUAUUAGAGGAUUGGAAGUCCUGUAUGCACUUGGGGCAUUAGACAAAGAUGGUGACUUGACCAGACCACUUGGUUCCAACAUGGCAGAGUUCCCUCUCAGUCCCAUGUUUGCCAAAAUGCUGCUGGAGUCAGGAAAGUUUGGAUGCUCAGAGGAAAUUCUUACCAUCGCUGCAGUGCUGCAAGUCCAGAACAUCUUUGUUCACCCUUCUAACCGGAAAAUUGAAGCACUAAGAGCUCACCACAAGUUUGCUGUGGAGGAGGGAGACUUAAUCACUAUGCUGAAUGUCUACGAGGCCUUCAUCAAGAACAAGAAGAGCUCCCGUUGGUGUCAGCAGUACUUUCUGCAUUACAAAGGACUGGUGAGAGCCACGAUGAUUCGUGAGCAGCUGAGAAAACUGCUGGUGAAGUUUGACGUCCCCAUGAACUCAUCUGAAGGGGAUGUUGACCCAGUCUGUCGAUGUAUAGUGUCAGGAUUCUUUGCUAAUGCUGCCAGGUUUCAUCCUACUGGUGUCUACAGGACUGUGCGAGAUGACCACGAGCUCCACAUCCACCCCAACUCCUGUCUGUACAGGGAAAAGCCUCCGCUCUGGGUCGUGUUCAACGAGGUUCUCCACACCUCCAAACAGUUCAUGAGAGACGUAACUGUGAUUGACCCAAGUUGGCUGUAUGAGUUAGCUCCACACUACUAUGAAUAUGGAACGGAAAGAGAACUUGCAGCAAAAAGAGCCAGGUUGGAGUGAGAGUACCCAAAGCAUUCAUACGUAAGGUAUCACUGGGCUUUAAGGAAGGGAAUCAACGGCAAAUUGUUGACAAUGGAGGACUCAGUCUAAUCCCUGUGUAUUAUAUUUUUGUAAAAAUAAAGAACAGAAAAAAUUCC